UCUUCGAGGGAGCAUAGUGAAAACACCACCAAACCAAAUAUAGUUAUUUCAUCAUCAGUCUGAAGGAAGUCGCCGGAGAAGAAGAAGAAGAUGAUGAUAGAUCUAGCCUCCUUCUCCGACGAGAAAUUCGACGCUAAGAAAUGGAUAAACAAUGCCUCCCACUCACGUCACCCUCAGGAUCCACUAGACAAACACCUUGUAGAUCUCGAGAUGAAGCUACAGAUGAUGUCAGAAGAGAUCGCCGCUUCACUCGAGGAACAGAGCUCCGCCGCGAUCCUCCGUGUUCCUCGCGCCACGCGUGAUGUCAUCCGCCUCCGUGAUGACGCUCUCUCUCUCCGUCAGUCUGUUGCUUCCAUCCUCCUCAACCUCAAAAAGGCUGAGGGUUCAUCAGCAGAAUCCAUAGCUACCCUUGCUAAAGUUGAUAUAGUGAAGCAGAGAAUGGAAGCCGCCUAUGAAACACUGCAGGAUGCCGCAGGGCUAACUCAAUUAAGCUCCACUGUGGAGGAUGUUUUUGCCAGUAAUGAUCUUCCUCGUGCAGCAGAAACCUUGGCCAACAUGAGGCGUUGCUUGAAUGCUGUGGGGGAGGUUGCUGAAUUUGCCAAUAUUAGAAAGCAGCUUGAAGUGUUGGAGGACAGACUGGACUCAAUGGUCCAACCCCGUCUAACGGAUGCAAUAACCAAUCGUAAGGUUAAUAUUGCCCAAGAUUUGAGGGAAAUUCUUAUUCGGAUUGGAAGAUACAAGUCAUUGGAGAAUCACUAUACCAAAGUUCAUUUAAAGUUUAUAAGGAAGCUAUGGGAGGAUUAUGAGUUAAAACAACGUACCAAGAGUGGAAGUGAGAGGAAUCAAGUUGAAAGUAUUUCAAGUUCCCAUGAUUACCAACCAACUUUGCCUACAAUUACAUUUCCGAGUUGGCUGCCGAGUUUUUAUGAUGAAUUAUUACUGUAUCUUGAACAAGAAUGGAAAUGGUCAAUGCUUGCUUUUCCAGAAGAUUACAAGACUCUUGUCCCGAAGCUAUUAAUUGAAGCAAUGGUAGCCAUCGGUGCCAGUUUCGUUUCCCGCAUCAACCUUGCAACCGGAGAUGUAGUCUCUGAAACCAAAGCAUUAGGAAAAGGUGUAUUAGAUAUCUUAUCAGGGGACAUGCCGAAAGGUGUUAAAGUGCAGACUAAGCACUUAGAUGCAUUAAUCGAUCUGCACAACAUGACAGGCAGUUUUGCAAAAAACGUACAACACCUUUUUGGAGAAUCGGAUCUUAAUGUUUUGAGGGACACUCUUAAGGCAAUUUACCUUCCUUAUGAAUCAUUCAAGCAAAGGUAUGGACAAAUGGAGCGUGUUACGCUCUCCGCUGAGAUCUCAGCCAUUGAUCUAAGAGGAGCGGUUACUCGUGGUAUCGGUGCGCAAGGCAUUGAACUCAGUGAGACCGUUAGAAGAAUGGAAGAAUCAAUCCCUCAAGUCAUCGUACUUCUAGAAGCAUCCAUCGACAGAUGCAUCAGCUUUACCGGUGGCUCAGAAGCCGAUGAGCUCAUUCAAGCCCUUGAUGAUGUCAUGCUACAGUUUAUUUCAACCCUUCAAGAAAUUUUGAAAACAUUAAGAUCUGUAUGUGGAGUUGAUGUCGCUCCUGAUAGUUCGAGUUCAAAGAAGGAAACGGGCUCAGAGAAAAGAGACGGGGCCCGCAAAUUUGAGUUGUCAAGUGAGGAAGAAUGGUCUUAUGUUCAAAGUGCAUUGCAAAUAUUGACGGUUGCGGAUUGUUUGUCGAGUAGAUCUGCGGUUUUUGAAGCUUCGUUGAGAGCUAUACUUGCGAGAUUGAAUACAAAUCUGUCUUCUGCUGUGUUUGGGUCAAGUAUUGACCCGAAUUCUUCACAUGAGAGUCUCGAUGGAAAUGGAGAUCUGUCUAUGGCGGGUCGGGCUGCAUUAGAUGUGGCAGCAUUAAGGCUAUUUGAUGCUCCAGAAAAAGCACAGAAGCUUUUUAACCUGUUGGAGCAGUCAAAGGAUCCACGGUUCCAUGCACUUCCAGUUGCAUCUCAAAGAGUUUCAGCAUUUGUGGACACGGUAAACGAACUUGUAUACGACGUGCUUAUAUCCAAAGUAAGAAAGCAGUUUAAUGGUGUAUCAAAUCUGCCAAUUUGGUCUGCCGUUGAGGAACAAACAGCUUUUCAUCUACCAAGCUUUAGCGCGUAUGCUCAAUCGUAUGUCACAACCGUUGGUGAAUAUCUUCUCACUUUACCCCAACAGUUGGAGCCACUUGCCGAAACUAUUUCUAACAACGAUGCCAAUGCCGAUGAGGCACAAUUCUUUGCAACCGAAUGGAUGUUCAAGGUUGCGGAAGGUGCUGCAGCUCUAUUUAUGGAGCAACUACGAGGUAUCCAAUAUAUAACAGAUCGUGGAGCGCAACAGCUGUCGGUAGAUAUCGAGUACUUGAGUAAUGUACUGUCAGCAUUGUCGAUGCCCAUUCCUCCAAUUCUGGCCACAUUUCAUACUUGCUUAUCGACCCCGCGAGAUCAACUCAAGGAUCUUAUAAAAACCGAUUCAGAAAAUCUUCAUGUCCCCACGGCCAACCUUGUUUGCAAGAUGCGACGUGUGAGUCUUGAAUGAUAACAAGUUGAAAAGUUUGUCUUAUUUGCUACCAAACAAUAUAGUUUUGCGUAUAUGACAUUAAACAUUUACAAGGGUGAGUUAUAAGUACUUUAUGUGGCUGUUUUUACAUACAACACAUAUCGUUAAUGAAAACAAAUUUGUCAACAUUAAA